CUUGUCUACAUCGGGUGCGCUAGACUUGGUCGAACCGUGCGCGCGGUAUGUACUUUUUCGAUGGUGUUCUUGUCGUGCAUCGACACUCCAUCUUCGCCUCGCACUUGGGAAUGGGGGGUUCCUCAGUCUGCCUGGCUGGUGACCCUAAGUGAGCCAAGCCAAGUUCGAGCAACAGUUACGACAAUUCCGGGACUUGCGAGGCGGGAGGCGUUCGCCUUUCCCGGUCAGGCCAGUUCUCCUUCGGGCUUAACGGCACACCUAAUCUCUGCGCGCUCUAGUCAAACAAGCCAAGUGAAGCGGGAAGACGAACGGGAUGGCAAUCGAGCCCCAACCACACCGGACGCACCACGGUCCACGGAAGAACCACUGGUCGCCCUCUCAUCCGCCCUCCCACCCACCACCUCAGCCGAGGAGGGGUGCCUUCCUUUGCUUUUUGGUGGGCUGGCAGAGUGCGGCAACGCUCGCCAGACGAGAGCCUUCCAGAUUGUCCAAGCGGGCCAGCCACUGCAAAUUAGCGUUGCACCUUGCCCCCCGGUUCUUGCGCCGCCCGUCUUCCCACGACGACCCUAUCCCCAGUCUCCCAGAGCCAAGCAGCGGUCAUCCCAAGUCGCCUGCUGCCAAUUCCUAAUUCCCGUCCCUCAUGCAGCCAUGCCUGCACACCAAGGGCCCUCCACUCCAGCCCCUCCCCUGCCUCCCCAGUCUGGCAGUGAGUGGCCGGCCCACUGCAAAAAUUCAAUUCCCGUGGGCGUUGCUCACUCGAGCUGGACUUGGGACGGACUUGGGAGCGGGCAUGUGGGAGAGACUGAGAGAGCUCUUGUUGCUCUAAGGUGCUGUGCUCCGCACUGGCGUGCCCAAGACCAAGUAAACGAGUUGACCUUAGGUACCUAGCCCAAGGAAAACCACUUAGGCUGCCGGUGGCAUGCUUUUUUUGGCCGUGGACAACAUCUUCCUGUGCCGCUUUGGUCGGUCACUGUGGAUCGGCGAAUUUCUGCUGCCAUUUUUGGCGAUCAUAGCGUGUUUGUGUCCCGUCCGAUCUUGCCUGGCGCGGUGCGAAUGCCGUACUCCGUACCUUAGGUAGUGAGAGGUGACUUUACCUCGGCGCGCUAAACCUCCUGAACUCGCACCAGUCGUUGUUUGCAGCCCUGCCGUUCCCCUCUGAACAGCCCUGCCCGUCUGGUUCUUCCUGGGAGCCCGCCCGCAUGUACAGCACGCCCACCCGCC